UCCAUUUAGUGAUAGUCCCAAUGCUCUCCAUGAGGUGGAAAAGUGGUUACCACGACUGCACUCAGUUGUCAUAGGACCUGGCUUAGGUAGAGAUGAAGUUCUACUUGAGAACGCUAAGGGUAUUAUAGAAAAAUCGAAAGUGAAAGGAAUUCCUAUCAUUAUUGAUGCCGAUGGACUGUGGCUCAUUUCCCAGCAGCCUUCUCUUAUUCAAGGCUACCAGCGAGCUAUUCUUACUCCAAACUACAUGGAGUUUAGUAGACUGUAUGAAGCCAUGCUUAGAGACCCCGUAGACAGUAGUGAUCAUCAUGGAUGUGUAUUAAGACUCAGCCAAGCCAUGGGGAAUUUGACAAUUGUUCAAAAGGGAGAAAGAGAUCUUAUUUCAGAUGGAGAGAAAGUACUUGUAUGCAGUCACGAAGGAAGCAGCCGGAGAUGUGGUGGACAGGGGGACCUCCUUUCUGGUUCUCUUGGAGUCUUAGCACACUGGGCAUUUCUUGCUGGAGCAGAAAAAACAAAUGGUCAAAAUCCCUUUCUAGUGGCUGCAUUUGGAGCUUGCUCUCUUACGAGGCAGUGUAACCACCAAGCCUUUCAAAAAUUCGGACGUUCAAUGACUGCCUCUGACAUGGUUUCAGAAGUUGGAACAGCUUUUAACAAACUUUUUGAAACCUGAAGCCAAAGCAGCAGAGAAGAAGAAAAUGAAGAACAAUGACUGCAAGAAUAAUUACAUUUACUGUAGAAUUUACAUAAGUAAUGCACCCUUUCAAGUGCUGUAGCAGCAUUGGUAUGCUAGGUAGAUUUUUUUUUUUUAUUUUUAAGAAUAGAAAAAUAUGAUUACUGUAGAUAUUUUUUAAGAGUUUGGAAUACGAAAAUGUUUUGGCUGAAAUAAGCUGUAGUUGCAGAUCUGUUAUAAUAUAAUAAAACUAAACUGAAAGUAUUCCUCUGUUCUUUUUGAUAGUUAUUGAGCAAUAACUAAAGUGUGAACAGCAAAAAAAAAAAUAAAAUGCACUUGAUACUU